AUGCCUCAGCCCCAGCCUUACCCGCACAUCCCCGCCGUCGCCGGGUACCUCAAUGCGGAGAACAUUCGCAUGUUCAUCGGGGAUAUCGUCAUGGUCACCGUCGGCAUCGCCCAGCGCACCAGCGAUCGCAUCAUCUGCCCAAUUCCAGGCAGGUCAUGGUAUUGCGUCUGCGUCCAUCUCAUCCCGGGUACCGUCAUCCCACCUGGCGUAAUGUACUGCCAGCUUUGGGCCACCGUCAUCUCGCCACGGGAACUGCAGCACAUCCGCAUACGCGAGCUCGAUCUCCCAUUCGAGGCCGUCUCUCUCAGCCACUUGGCCGCGGACAUCGACAGGGCCAACGACCCCGCCGUCAUGCAGCUCAUUAACGACUUCCACCCCUCCGUCUGGCCACUCCUCGACCGCAUCCAUAACCCACCCCGUGCCGACAUCACUCCCCUUGGCCCCGUCGAUGCCUACACCCCCCGCUUCCCUCACGAAGACGCUCUUAUCCGCAGGCCCGGUAUGUUCUUUUCCUGA